GAAAAUUUCAAAACCCUAUUGUCGUCCGUUUCGCUUCUCUCUAUAUUGAGCUUUUUCCUGUUCUUCUUCUUCCUCCAUCUCUCUCUCUAAGAACACUCCAUACAUCUUGUGUUUCUCCUUCUUCACAAAUCUAAGAUUCCUAUAUUGCAUUCAAAUCGAAGAAGAUGUUGCAAGAUAUGUGGAAUGCUCCUCCAGGUUUCAGACCCACUAAAUCAGCUCCUGCAUCUCCGGCGAAGCCUCCAGGAAUCUCAAGAACACGUUCUGAUUCAUUUCAUGUCGCUCACAAAGUCCCAAUUGGAGACAGUCCUUACGUUAGAGCCAAGAAUGUUCAGUUGGUGGAUAAAGAUCCGGAAAGAGCGAUUCCCCUGUUCUGGUCGGCUAUUAACGCAGGAGAUAGAGUUGAUAGUGCUCUUAAAGACAUGGCCAUCGUUAUGAAACAGCAGAAUCGAGCGGAGGAAGCGAUUGAGGCUAUCAAAUCGCUUAGAAAUCGCUGUUCAGAUCAAGCUCAGGAAGCUCUUGAUAACAUCCUCUUGGAUCUGUACAAGAGAUGUGGAAGAUUGGAUGAUCAAAUCGGUUUGUUGAAACACAAAUUGUUCUUGAUUCAUCAAGGAAUGGCUUUCAAUGGUAAACGAACCAAAACCGCCCGAUCUCAGGGAAAGAAAUUUCAAGUCUCCGUCGAACAAGAAGCCACUCGAUUACUGGGAAAUCUGGGAUGGGCUCUAAUGCAACAGAAUAAUUACAUCGAAGCUGAAGAUGCAUAUCGAAAGGCAUUACUGAUUGCCCCCGACAACAACAAGAUGUGUAAUUUAGGUAUCUGUUUGAUGAAACAAGGAAGAAUUUCUGAAGCCAAACAGAACCUAAGACGGGUGAAGCCGGCAGUUUCGGACGGUCCAAGAGGAGUAGAUUCACAUUUGAAAGCAUAUGAGAGAGCCCAACAAAUGCUAACGGAUCUCGAAUCGGAAAUGAUGAACCGGAGCAUGGACCGGGUUGAACAAAGCAAAAUGUUCGAUGCUUUCCUCGGUUCUUCUUCCAUUUGGCAACCCCAGCCUUGUAGAGAGCCAUCAACAACAAAGAAUUCUAAUUUCUCCAAAACCCUAAUCGACGAAUUCCCCGAUGAGAACUCGGUCAUGAAUCUGAAUCCGAAUCAGAAACCACAACAGGUGAUGAUGGGUAAUAAUAAUAUUAACAAUUACUUGAACAUUGAUGCACAGCCAUUUUACUGCUCAAAUACUACAAGACUCCCACCUAAAGAUCUGUUUGGAAGUCAACAACAAAUUCAAGAGAAUCUUAAGAGGACUCGAUCUGUGAAAGCGGCGGUUGUUGCUGCUGCGGCGGCGGCGGCGGUGGUGGUGGUGGAGGAGGGUGAACCGGAGAAUAAGACAAGAAGGAAAUCAUUAGAGAAAUGGGAAAAUCUGCUUCCGGAUAAUAAGGAUUUUGAUGAUGCCAUUAUUGCAGCAGUUUUGGAAAGUGGGUGUGGAGAGGAGAAGAAGAAGAAGGUGGGAAUGGUGGUUGAUAAGAGGUUGAAAGUGUUUAAGGAUAUAACAUUGUGUUUGAGUCCAAAGAACAUGCCUUAAACAAACAAACAAAAAAGAAACAAACCUAGGGUUCAUGUUAUCUGAUGUAGGAUUAGUUUACUAAUUGUUAUGAUUAUUUUUUUAGGGUUUGUUUGGGAUGGAGAAUUGAACUCUUUCUCCUUUCAUUUUCAUUACUAAGAAUAAUGUUAAAUUGUAAUAGUAUAGUCAAUAGUAG